AUGAGCGCGGAAGCAGACAGACAGGCGCUGGGCCAGAUCCAGAUGAAGAUGAUCUGGCGAUCAACGGCCGCCGACAUCCUUAGGCUGGGCCCGGCUGCGUUGGCUGCAAACCAUCAACUCGAAGGCGGGUGCCCCCAUCUCGUCAAGAUUUCCUCCUUUACCAACCCGGGUCGUCUCCCGUCCAAUAUCCCACUUCGUGACCUCCCGUCGUCUUCUGCACAGGCGUCGAGCUCUGCCGACCGUCAGGACAAACCGUUUCUUCUCGCCGCACCGCCCGGCCGCCAUCAGCGCCGCCGCCGAGCCGACUCCUUAUCCUCGUUGGGUUCCCGAUCCGAUUCCGAUUCCGAUUCCGAAUCCUGGCUCGACACGGGCGACCUUGCCGAGCAGCUGGCUGACGACGCCGACAACCCUCCAGACAUCCACGACCGUCGACAUACCUCCACGGCCACAGCCGCCCCCUCUAGUCGCAAGAAAAAGCCGAGGCAGGUUCACUACGACGAGAGCUCGUCUCGAGAAGGCUCCCCGCACCGUCAUCUGCAUCACCGCUCCGGCCACCAUCACGCUGAAGACGUUGAUAAAGAGGCCAUCCAGAUCCCCGACUCGGCCUUCCGGCACGUCUCUGCGGCGGAACGCCUGCUUGCCUCCAUCAUGACGGGCGGCUCCUCAUCCAUCCAUGGCCUCACCGGCAAGCCCUUGAUCUAUUUCACCAGCAUAUUCGUCUCCUUGGGCGUCUUCUUGUUCGGAUAUGACCAGGGUGUCAUGUCGGGCAUCAUCACUGGCCCAUACUUUAUCGAUUAUUUUGGUCACCCCUCCAAGGCCCAGGUGGGCACCAUGGUUGCCAUCCUCGAGGUGGGCGCCUUCAUCUCGUCCCUCGUCGUCGGCCGUGUCGGCGAUAUCAUCGGCCGGCGGAAGACGAUCAUGUACGGCUCGGCGAUUUUCUUCACGGGCGGUGGGCUUCAGACGUUUGCCACGGGCAUGCCCAUGAUGCUGCUCGGGCGCAUCAUUGCCGGCUUGGGCGUGGGGAUGCUGUCGACCAUCGUGCCCGUGUACCAGUCGGAGAUCUCGCCGCCGCACAACCGUGGCAAGCUGGCGUGCAUCGAGUUCUCGGGCAACAUCAUUGGCUACACCAGCUCCGUGUGGGUGGACUACUUCUGCGGUUACAUCAACAGCGACAUGUCGUGGCGCGCGCCACUGUUCAUGCAGUGCGUCAUGGGCUUGCUCCUCGGGCUGGGCAGCCUGAUCAUCGUCGAGUCGCCCCGGUGGCUGCUCGACAACGACCACGACGAGGAAGGCAUCGUCGUGAUCGCCAACCUGUACGGCGGCGGCGACAUCCACAACGCCAAGGCGCGCGAGGAGUUCCGCGAGAUCAAGAUGGACGUGCUGUUGCAGCGCCAAGAGGGCGAGCGGACCUACAGCGACAUGUUCCGCCGCUACAAGAAGCGCGUUCUGAUCGCCAUGUCGGCCCAGGCCUUGGCUCAGCUCAACGGCAUCAACGUCAUCUCGUACUACGCCCCCUACGUCUUUGAGUCAGCCGGCUGGCACGGCCACCAGGCCAUCCUGAUGACCGGCAUCAACGGCAUCACCUACUUCCUCUCCACCAUCCCGCCCUGGUACAUUGUUGACCUCUGGGGCCGCCGUUUCAUUCUCCUCAGCGGCGCCGUCGCCAUGGCCAUCUCGCUCUCGGCCAUCUCGUACUUCAUCUUCCUCGACAUCAGCGCCACGCCUACACUUGUCGUCAUCUCCGUCAUGAUCUACAAUGCCGCCUUUGGCUACUCCUGGGGUCCCAUUCCCUGGCUGUACCCCCCGGAGAUCCUUCCGCUGAGCAUCCGCUCCAAGGGCGCCAGCUUGUCCACGGCCACCAACUGGGCCUUCAACUGGCUUGUCGGUGAAAUGACGCCCAUUCUGCAGGAGUGGAUCAAGUGGCGCCUGUAUCUUGUCCACGCCUUCUUCUGUGUCACGAGCUUUGUCGUCGUGUACUUCUUGUACCCCGAAACCUGUGGCGUCCGGCUGGAGGAGAUGGGCUCUCUCUUUGGUGACGCCAGCACGGCCAUCGGAACUCCCCAAGCGUUUGGGACACCCCGUGUUGGUGGCGCUGAGGCUAAUGCCCCUUUUUGGCCCCCGGCUCGCCCGUGCCUGGACUCGACAUCCGUGGCCACAGUCAGUUUGGGCCUUCGAGCGCAAUACCAGGCCUGA